AUGACAAUGAACACUCUACAAGGCGAAUCGGUGCGUGAUUACUACGCUGGGCUGAAACACAAUGGCAUUUAUCGAUAUCACCAUACCGUCGACCAUCUCCUACAGCUCUACCAGAAACGCUCUCAAAUAUCCAUUUCGUAUGCCAAGUUUCGAGCAACUUUACGUGAUGCUGACGCCAUGUGCAACAUUGAUCCACAAUCACCACUUGGAUACCUUUGUGUUGGCAACAUUUACAGAGAACAAGGACGACAACAAAAGGCCAUCGGUGUAUACACCACUGGCAUGAAUACAGCAUCAUCCAACCAUCCUUCUUAUUCAGCACUCGUCCAAUCAAAAGACGCUGCCACAUUGCAACAAGAAAAGCGAUCGGGUUUCAUCACACAGCUGCCGCUUGAGAUUGUGAGCCAAUACAUUGCAUCGAUCAUCAUUGAAUAUCCACCUUCAAGGGAAUACAGCCAAUGGUCAUACUUACAUGUCCCACGUGAUUGGAGAAAUCGACUAUUGCAAUCAUUACCAUUGCAUUAUGAGGUGGAUGAGCCUUCGAAGGCAAGGGUGGCGGAUGAAAACCUGCUCGACAAGUUCAAGGAUUGUGUCGUAUCCGUCACGUUGUAUCGUUUUUGUGGAGGUGAUGAGGAUAAUGCUCAAGCGUUCCCAUGA